GAGGCAGUUAUAUCCUCUCUGCUUCCUGAGACUUCAUAUUCUGUGGCCCUGGCAGCCUUUACCUCUAAGGGGGAUGGAGCGCUCAGCAGGGCCAGAGUGGUGACUACCAAAGGAGCUGUCCCUGGAAAGCCUACUAUGAUGAUCAGCACACUGACAGGCAACACUGCUCUGAUCCAGUGGCAGCCCCCUAAAGAGAUUGUGGGGGAGCAUGUAGGAUACCAGCUGCAGUACAAGAGAUCUGAUGAGGAACCUUUUGUGGUCAAAGACUUCAGAAAGACUGACGAUCACUUCACCGUCACUGGCCUCCAUAAAGGAGCCACUUACAUCUUCAAGCUGUCGGCUAAAAACCGAGCGGGCACCGGGGAGGAAUAUGAAAAGGAGAUCAGCACCCCUGAAGACGUCCCCAGCAGCUAUCCACAGAAUCUGAAUGUGGCAGACCUAACUUCCACAUCCACCAAGCUGGCCUGGGAACCCCCUCCUCUGGCCGAGAGGAACGGAAAGAUCCUUAAAUAUGUAGUGAUGUAUCGAGAUAUAAACAGCCUGCAGAACAGCACCAACAGUACCUCAGAAAUCCAGAUGACGGUUCAGGAUCUGCAGCCUGACACAACUUAUGACUUCAGAGUUCAAGCUUUCACCAGCAAAGGAGGAGGACCUUUCAGUCCCAGCAUCCAGAGCAGGACCAUGUCCACAUCUCUGCCAGUGUUUACCAAAAAUUUUGGUGUGAAGGCUGUAAUGAAAUCUUCUGUCCUGCUGACCUGGGAGCUGCCAGAAACGUCCACAUCUGAGGUCCUUCUUAAGAUUUUAUACAAUCAUCAAAGCGUGGAGGUUCAGGGCCACCUGAAGAAAAAGCUGAUCACACAGCUCCAACCGGACACAGAUUAUUCCUUCACAAUGAUGAGCCAAGGGAACGGUGCCGGGGGCCUCCAGCAGCAGGUUUCCAUCCGAACCGCUCCAGACCUGCUGACCUCAAAACCCACUCCAUACCAACUCAGUGAGGAGGAGGAGGGAGACAAAGUGACUAUUAUCCUGCCUGAAGUCCUGCCUGAAGCCCAUGUAAGGUGGUUCUACAUAGUGGUUGUUCCAGAAAGCCUCAUUUCUCUGAACAGCUGGGAAAACCCCGAAGACAUGGAUCUACAGGAGCUCCUGGAGGUUGACAGCAGUCAGCAGAAACAGAACCAGGAAUUUCUGCCGUUCAUUAUUGCGGCUCGGCUGAACUCUCUGCCAGAGAUCUUUGUUCUUGGAGAUGAAAAGAAUUACAACGGUUACUAUAACAGAGCUCUUGAUGUUCAGCAGCAGUACCGCUGCUUUGUUCUGGCUCACAUGGAGGGUCUCGAGUCUAGGAUGUUUGCAGCCUCUCCGUUCUCUGACGGCUUCAUGGUGAGGCUGAGUGGCAUGGUCCGCCAGGCUCAGGAGGAUCCAGAGAUGCUGUGGGUCAUGGGUCCAGUCCUGGCUGUCAUCAUCAUCAUCAUCACAGUCAUUGCCAUCUUACUCUUCAAAAGCAAACAAGAGAGUAAACGUACGACUUCAGCUAAAGUCAAGCACAAGUUAGGGAUAAAGGACUCGCUGAUGACCCACACUGCAGACCCCGUGGAGAUGAGGAGACUCAACUGUCACACACAAGGAAUGAAGGAACAUCCUCCUGUUUUUAUCUGUGACCUGGCAGACCACAUCAAGAGACUCAAGGCCAAUGAUGCUCUGGGCUUUUCACAAGAGUAUGAGUCUAUUGAUCCAGGUCAACAGUUCACCUGGGAGAACUCCAACCUGGACGUCAACAAGCCUAAGAACCGCUAUGCUAAUGUUGUUGCCUACGACCACUCCAGGGUCAUCCUCGCUCCUGUGGAUGGAGUUCCAGGUAGCACCUACAUCAACGCCAACUACAUUGACGGCUACAGGAAGCAGAAUGCUUACAUCGCCACCCAGGGCCCUCUGCCUGAGACACUCUGUGACUUCUGGAGGAUGGUGUGGGAGCAGAGGACCUCCACCAUUGUUAUGAUGACCCAUUUAGAGGAGAGGUCACGGAUAAAGUGUGAGCAGUACUGGCCCAGUCGAGGUACAGAGACAUACGGAAUGAUUCAGGUGACCAUACUGGACACUGUGGAACUGGCUACGUACGUCAUGAGAACAUUCACCCUCUACAAGAAUAGCUCAGGGGAGAAACGAGAAGUCCGGCAGUUCCAGUUUCUGGCAUGGCCUGAUCAUGGAGUUCCUGAGUUUCCUACCACAACACUGGCCUUCCUUCAUAGAGUCCACACCUGUAAUCCUCCAGAUGCUGGACCCAUUGUUGUUCACUGCAGUGCCGGUGUCGGCCGUUCGGGGUGCUUCAUUGUCAUAGACUCCAUGUUGGAGAGGAUGAAGCACGAGAAGUCAGUGGACAUAUAUGGUCAUGUGACGUGCAUGCGUGCUCAAAGAAACUACAUGGUGCAAACAGAGGAACAGUACAUGUUCAUUCAUGAAGCCCUGCUGGAAGCUGCAACGUGUGGGAACACAGAGGUCACAACCCGCAACCUGUACACCCACGUCCAGAACCUGAGUCAGAUCCCUCCUGGAGAACCACUCACUGUCAUGGCGCAGGAGUUUAAGAAACUGACCUCUGCACCAAGCUUUAAAAUACAAACUGCAAGAUUUAUAAGUGCUAACCUGCCCUGUAACAAAUUCAAGAACCGCCUGCUCAAUAUUGUGCCUUUUGAAUCCACCCGGGUCAACCUGCAGCCAAUCAGAGGAGUGGAAGGCUCUGAUUACAUCAACGCCAACUUCAUUGAUGGAUACAGGCACCAGAGAGCAUAUAUUGCCACCCAGGGUCCUUUACCUGAAACCUCAGAGGACUUGUGGAGAAUGUUGUGGGAACAAAACUCCACCAUUGUGGUCAUGCUCACAAAACUGCGUGAGAUGGGACGGGAAAAAUGUCAUCAGUACUGGCCCGCUGAGUGCUCUGCACGCUAUCAGUACUUUGUUGUGGAUCCAAUGGCUGAAUACAACAUGCCUCAGUACAUUCUGAGGGAGUUUAAGGUCACAGAUGCCAGGGAUGGCCAGUCGAGGACCAUCAGGCAGUUCCAGUUCACUGACUGGCCAGAGCAAGGAGUACCCAAAACUGGGGAGGCUUUGAUAGAAUUUAUUGGCCAAGUCCAUAAAACUAAAGAGCAGUUUGGACAAGAUGGACCAAUCACUGUGCACUGCAGUGCUGGUGUCGGACGGACCGGUGUGUUCAUCGCCCUCAGCAUCGUGCUGGAGAGGAUGAGGCAUGAAGGAGUGGUAGACGUCUUCCAGACUGUGAAGAUUCUCCGAACACAGAGGCCAGCCAUGGUUCAGACAGAGGACCAGUACCAAGUAUGCUACAGGGCAGCUCUGGAGUACCUGGGAAGCUUUGAUCACUAUGCAACAUAACUCGACCAAAAAUUACAUCCCAGAAAGAAUUUCUCUCAGACAUUUUUACACCACUCAUCGGUCUGUGUGAGCCGAUGAGGAGUGUGUGAGCAGGACUGCUGUGGAGACGAUCACAGCCAGGGCAGAUCAAAGGAAGGAGGAGAUGUCGUCCUGGUCUGCUGCCGCCAUGCUGCCCCAGGCCCUCCCCACUCCCACACACAGAAACCUUCCAGAUGCCAACCCUGAAAAACUGCUGUAACUAUCUUCACCCAGACUUCUGCCUCCUCUCAGUAGCAAACAAAUUUUGUAUAUUUUCUUUUAUUUUCUUCUAUCUACUAUGAUGGUGAUGAUAUUUAUACAUGAAUUUGUAAUUACGAGUAAAUUCUUCAUAUUUGUUUGUUUUGCUUUUAAUUAUUUUAUUGUAUUUGGAAACAGCAUGCAGUUAUUUCAACUCAUCAAAAAAGCCUACAUUGUAUAACACACAGUACAGUGGGGUGUGAAAAUCUGGGCAGCCUUGUUAAUUUUC